CGCGCAGGCUUGCUUCAGUGUCGGUGACUAACGUUUGAAGAUGGCGCUGAAAGCCAUUCGGGGGAUGGUGAACGGAGCUAUGACCGAGCUUAGCUCCACGGUGAGCAGCGCCAGAGCUGCCGGGGCUCGGGAGCAAGCACAGGCUGUCAGCCGGGACUACAUUUCUCAGCCGCGGCUCACUUAUAAAACUGUAUCUGGAGUCAACGGGCCAUUGGUCAUCUUGGAUCAGGUGAAGUUCCCAAGGUAUGCAGAAAUUGUUCACUUAACACUACCAGAUGGCACUCGGAGGAGCGGACAGGUUUUGGAAGUCUCUGGUGCCAAAGCAGUUGUGCAGGUGUUUGAAGGAACUUCAGGAAUUGAUGCCAAAAAAACAAGCUGUGAAUUUACUGGAGAUAUUCUUCGAACACCUGUAUCUGAAGAUAUGCUUGGUCGUGUGUUCAAUGGAUCGGGAAAGCCUAUUGAUCGAGGUCCCACAGUUCUGGCUGAAGACUACCUGGACAUAAUGGGCCAGCCAAUUAAUCCCCAGUGCCGCAUAUAUCCUGAGGAAAUGAUCCAGACUGGCAUCUCUGCUAUUGAUGGGAUGAACAGUAUUGCUAGAGGACAAAAAAUUCCAAUUUUCUCAGCUGCUGGUUUGCCACACAAUGAGAUUGCAGCACAGAUCUGUCGUCAAGCUGGGUUGGUAAAGAAAUCAAAAAGCGUUAUGGAUUACAGUGAAGAAAAUUUUGCUAUUGUAUUUGCUGCUAUGGGUGUCAAUAUGGAAACUGCACGAUUCUUUAAGUCAGAUUUUGAAGAAAAUGGUUCCAUGGACAAUGUCUGCCUCUUUUUGAACUUGGCUAAUGACCCAACAAUUGAACGUAUCAUCACUCCCCGUCUUGCUCUGACAACAGCAGAAUUCCUGGCUUAUCAGUGUGAAAAACAUGUACUGGUCAUCCUAACAGACAUGAGCUCAUAUGCUGAAGCACUGAGAGAAGUUUCGGCUGCCAGGGAAGAGGUACCAGGUCGUCGUGGCUUUCCAGGUUACAUGUAUACAGACUUGGCUACAAUUUAUGAGAGAGCAGGCCGGGUUGAAGGCAGGAAUGGAUCAAUAACACAGAUUCCUAUUUUGACUAUGCCCAAUGAUGAUAUUACUCAUCCCAUCCCUGAUCUGACAGGAUAUAUUACUGAAGGCCAGAUUUAUGUAGACAGACAGCUACAUAACCGACAGAUUUACCCUCCAAUAAAUGUUUUGCCUUCUCUGUCUCGAUUGAUGAAAUCAGCCAUUGGUGAAGGGAUGACCCGCAAAGAUCAUGCUGAUGUAUCGAAUCAGCUGUAUGCUUGUUAUGCUAUUGGCAAAGAUGUGCAGGCAAUGAAAGCCGUGGUGGGAGAAGAGGCUCUGACACCAGAUGAUUUGUUGUACUUGGAAUUUCUCCAAAAAUUUGAAAAGAAUUUCAUUUCUCAAGGUCCCUAUGAGAACAGAACAGUAUAUGAAACACUGGACAUUGGCUGGCAGCUUAUGAGAAUCUUCCCCAAGGAGAUGCUGAAACGGAUUCCACAAAGCACUCUGGCAGAGUUCUACCCCAGAGACUCCAAACACUAGCAUCCUUUCUCGCCAACCCUUUAGAUGUUUGUGCCAUUGUGUUUGUAUUUUUGUUAUUUUUUUUGUUGUUGUAAUGCUGUCAGUUACCCAACUAAAACAUCUCCAGCAGAGUUUUAAAUAUCUGUAAAUGAAGCCCUGUGCUUCUUUUAUGUACUGGCCAAAUAUUGUAUUUAUUUUCUGGUUUUUCAUGGUUGGGUGGGGGAACAAAAGAGAACAUAUGACAAAAUGGAAUUUUUCUGAGUAGAAGAGUAUACAGACCUACCUAUGAAAAGUAGAACACAUGCUGCUUUACUGAAUGUGGUGUAACAGGGCCACCAACACCAAGUGUACAGAAGUGUAACAGUGAAAACUCUUACUUGCAUGUGCUCAUCAACAUGCAACAUGUCCCCACUCUCCACUGCCAUGAUUACUGAGUUUAACUACUUUAGCUUAAUACUUCUGUCUUUCCUAAUAUCAAUAGCUACCUUGCCUUGAAACAUCUAUGCCCCCAACGUGGAACAAAAUGGAGUUAAACUCCUAAAUAUAUCAUAAGUGAAUGUUUAUUAAUUAAAUACAUUAAGGAGAGAAUGAAUGAAAGGAGGCCAUAAAAUAUAAAAUAAGACCACAACCUAACUUUCUAUCGGUUCAGGUUCUUGUGUAACUAGUGCAGGUAAUUUGCCCAACUCCACAAAACAUGACAUCCCUUUCUAUCUUAUUCUUUAUUUACCGCAUUAUAAAUUUCCCUCUCUUUCUUUCUGCUUGCCAGUCCUUUUCCCUUUUCUUUGACUAGUGGUCUGGCAUGGAGAGGCCAUUAAACCAAACCCCAGAGUUACUGUGAAUUCAGUCACUGCUACCCUGUCUAGGGUUGGUAUUACUGCUAGAAAUUUUCCUAUACUGAGUUCAAAUCCGUAAUAGAUUCUAUGAUGUCUGUUCUUUGUAGUAAGCACAAGGUUUACACAUAUCCCAUGUGGGUAACCCUUGUGGUCUUAAACGGUAUAUAAAAAACUGUGUAUUGCCACUAUUUCACAGAAUCGAGGAAGAUGCAGUGUAGAUGCACAGGCACUGCUGAUAAGGGACCAUUGUUUUCCUUCAUGCAUUUUUGUCAAUGUGUUUGUGGGUGUUUUUUCUUUCUGCAUUCAUGCACAAAUUUAAAUGUAGAAAUGGCAUAAAAUUCUACUUUUAAGGGCAACCA